AAGGCGGCGCGGGGACUGCUGGGAAGGCCGGCGGGAUGGAGGCAGUGGGACCUGCUCACGGCUGCUGCUGUGGGUGAAGCCGGGAGGGAGCCGGAGCCAGAGCGGGAGGCGGGCCCGAACGGGAGACGCAGGCCCGGCACCCCCUGCCCGCCCUCUCGCCUUCACAGGCGGCGCGACCAUGGCCACGAUGGUGCUUCCUCGGGAGGAGAAGCUGAGCCAGGAUGAGAUCGUGCUGGGCACCAAGGCCGUCAUCCAAGGGCUAGAGACCCUGCGCGGGGAGCAUCGCGCCCUUCUCGCGCCCCUGGUCGCUCAUGAAGCUGGUGAGGCAGAGCCUGGCUCACAGGAGCGCUGUGUCCUCCUUCGCCGCUCCCUGGAGGCCAUCGAGCUGGGGCUGGGGGAGGCCCAGGUAAUCUUGGCGCUGUCGAGCCACCUGGGGGCUGUAGAGUCAGAGAAGCAGAAGCUACGGGCUCAGGUGCGGCGCCUGGUGCAAGAGAACCAGUGGCUGCGAGAGGAGCUGGCAGGGACGCAGCAGAAGCUGCAGCGCAGCGAGCAGGCUGUGGCCCAGCUCGAGGAGGAGAAGCAGCACUUGUUGUUCAUGAGCCAGAUCCGCAAGUUGGAUGAGGAUACCUCCCCCAACGAGGAGAAGGGGGACGUCCCCAAAGACUCUCUGGACGACCUGUUCCCCAACGAAGAGGAGCAGAGCCCAGCCCCCAGCCCUGGAGGAGGAGAUGCGGCCGCCCAGCACGGGGGCUAUGAAAUCCCGGCCCGGCUACGCACCCUGCACAACCUGGUGAUCCAGUACGCCUCCCAGGGCCGCUAUGAGGUAGCCGUGCCACUCUGCAAGCAGGCCCUCGAGGACCUGGAGAAGACGUCAGGCCACGACCACCCUGACGUGGCCACCAUGCUGAACAUCCUGGCGCUGGUCUAUCGGGACCAGAACAAGUACAAGGAGGCUGCCCACCUGCUCAAUGAUGCCCUGGCCAUCCGUGAAAAGACACUGGGCAAGGACCACCCAGCUGUGGCCGCGACACUAAACAACCUGGCAGUCCUGUACGGCAAGCGGGGCAAGUACAAGGAGGCCGAGCCGCUGUGCAAGCGAGCCCUGGAGAUCCGGGAGAAGGUUCUGGGCAAGUUUCAUCCAGACGUGGCCAAGCAGCUGAGCAACCUGGCCCUGCUGUGCCAGAACCAGGGCAAAGCUGAGGAGGUGGAGUACUACUACCGGCGGGCACUGGAGAUCUACGCCACGCGCCUUGGGCCUGACGACCCCAACGUGGCCAAGACCAAGAACAACCUGGUGGUGUCCUGGGCUGUGGCGGGGCUGGAGGAACGGGGAGCGGGGAGGGAGGCGCGGAAAAGGCUCACCCUCCGCCUCACCCUCCGGGCUCUGCCCCUUCAGGCCUCCUGCUACCUGAAGCAGGGCAAGUACCAGGAUGCGGAGACCCUGUACAAGGAGAUCCUCACCCGUGCCCACGAGAAGGAGUUUGGCUCUGUCAACGGGGACAACAAGCCCAUCUGGAUGCAUGCAGAGGAGCGGGAGGAGAGCAAGGAUAAGCGCCGGGACAGCACACCCUAUGGGGAAUAUGGUAGCUGGUACAAGGCCUGCAAAGUAGACAGCCCCACGGUCAACACCACCCUGCGCAGCUUGGGGGCGCUGUACCGGCGCCAGGGCAAGCUAGAAGCUGCACACACACUGGAGGACUGUGCCAGCCGCAGCCGCAAGCAGGGCCUGGACCCCGCAAGCCAGACUAAAGUAGUGGAACUGCUGAAAGACAGCGGUGGUGGGCGGGGAGACCGCCGUGGCAGCCGAGACGUGGCCGGGGGAGCUGGGGCCCGGUCUGAGGCUGACCUUGAGGAGUCGGGGCCGGCAGCCGAGUGGAGCGGGGACGGCAGUGGCUCCUUGCGGCGCAGCGGCUCCUUUGGGAAGCUCCGAGAUGCCCUGAGGCGCAGCAGCGAGAUGCUGGUGAAGAAGCUCCAGGGUGGUGGCCCCCAGGAGCCCCCAAACCCCAGGAUGAAGCGGGCCAGUUCCCUCAACUUCCUCAACAAGAGUGUGGAGGAGCCAGUCCAGCCCGGAGGCACAGGCCUCUCCGAUAGCCGCACCCUCAGCUCCAGCUCCAUGGACCUUUCCCGACGAAGCUCCCUCGUGGGCUAAUCCUGAAGGGGCAGCCAGCCGCCAGAGCCUCCACCCAGCACUGUCCCCACCCCAGCCCUGCGCAUGGGCCUGCUGCUUGCCCCUCCUGUCUCUCCCAAGGACCCCUGUCUUUUCUGUUCAAUCUCAGGGUAAUCUCCCCCCUUGUCAUCUCAGCUGGAGCCCUGGAGGCUGGGCCCGCCCCUCCAACUCUUCCCCUUAUUUAUUCCUUCCAGCAGGGCCCCUCCCCCCGAGGUUCAGGGUCCGCGGGAGGGGCUCGCCGGGGUCUCCCCUGCCCACCCGCAGCCAAGAACACUAAGCACCUGGCCUCCCUUCAGCGUCCCUGUCCUCCCCCGGCCGUUGCUUCUGUAUAUAGAGAAAUAAGUUAUUGGCCGCACCACUCCUCUCAGUCCUCGGUACUACCUGGCCUCCCCUCCCCACCCUUCUCUAGUGGUACCGCCCAGGCCUUAAUCAUCCCCAUUCCGCGCGGUGGUAUCUCCCAGGCUCCACAUCUCAGGGGCGGUGCCUCCGCAAAAGGGUUCCCUGGGCCGUCUCGCGUUCCUCCCUGCCUCCGAAGGGCGCGUCCCGCCCCGCCAACGCCCCUAACCCCAGGGCCGGGAGCCCGCCCCUUGCCCGUCCUCUCAGCGCCGGGCUCUGCCCUGCAGCCCGGCCUUAUGCACUGCCCCGUCCCCCGCGCCCGGCCCGCCCAGGCCCGGCCCCGGGCCCCGCCCGCAGAGCCAUCCUGCCACGCCUCCUCCCACGCCUGCAGCUUCUUGCGAGGGGCAAUGAUAGCCCCCUGUGGCAGGAGGGGCUGCCCAGGUUGGGAGGUGAGGCGGUCGCUCUCUAUUUUCAAAUGUUGCUGUAGAAAUAAAGACGGUUUGACUCUGA